CACUUCCGGGCUGGCAGCGAGACAACCCCCAACAACCCCCCGCCUUCCCCGGUGUCUCUCACUCAGUCUCAGCCUUCUCCCUACCCCGGUUCUCGGUAACUAUAGUCGGCUCUUACAAGACGACUCACCGGCCCAUUUCAAGGACUACCCAAGGGGAUAUAGCGUGUCGGUGUCUGUGGUCGUUCGUUCCCCGCGGAACUCACCGGGUGGCCUGAGUUGCUUUUUUUUCGUGCCUUUUUUCCCCGUGAAUGUCCGAUCGGUGCGGGAGGAAAGUUGUCCCGCGGUCCCGUUUGAGUGCCGCCCCAGCGCGCGCCGUGAACGGAGGAAGAGCUCGCGAUGGAUGCGCUGAUGCACGCGGUGCUGUUCGGAUUUUUAACGUUCGGUGUGUGUUCGGCCCGGAAGGUGUCCGUCCCCAGCGGUCCUAUGAUUCGGGUGGAGGGCCAGCCCGUCGCCAUCAGGUGCAACGUCAGCGAGUAUGAGGGACCCAGAGAGCAGGACUUUGAGUGGAAGAUGAAACGUGUCGCCGGCCGGGCGUCCAUCAACGUGGUCUCCACCUUCGACCAACGGUACACCGACGCCGCCCUGAGCGCGCGCGUUGCCGCGGGCGACGUGGCCGUAGUGCGGCUGGGCGACAGCGAGGUGGAGCUCCGCAUCGGGGAGGCCCGCCCCGCCGACGGCUGGGGGGUCGGGGUGGUCUACUCCUGCCACACCCCCAGCACGGACUCUGUGAUCCGGGGCAGCUACCUGGCCGACGUCGAGCUCACCGUCAUCCCGGACACCCUCACGGUCUCCCCCACGCCGGUCGCCGCGGUGACCCCCGAGGGCGGCGACAUCACCCUCUCCUGCACCGUCACACGCCGGCUCCUGCACCCCACCUUCCUCUCCGUCACCUGGUCACUGAGGAAGGCCUCCGCCUCCUCCUCGGCCCCCCCCGAGCUGGUCCUCUCGCUGGGGCCCCUGGGCGCCGUGACGACGGGGCCCGGCUACGCCCAGCGGUACGCCACGGGGGGGCUGCGGCUGGCCCCGGGCCGCGACGGGCUGUUCAGCCUGGUGCUGAGCAGGGUGACGGCGGCGGGCGACCAGGGCGCGUACGUCUGCACGGGACGGCAGUGGACGUACGAGGAGGGCGUGGCCCGCAGCGUGGUGGAGCGGCACGGCGAGAUGGGCCAGGUGACGGUCACGCCCACUGGCCAGUCCCUUAACGUCACUGCCUCCUCCUCCUCCGCCGGGGGGCCCGUCUCCUUGGGGGCCACCCUGGGUCUGCUCUGCACCGUCGCUGCAGACAACCUGGCCCUCCUGGCCCUGGGGGUCACCUGGCUCCGGGACGGACGCCACGUCAUCGCCGGCAUGGACCGCAACGGCGUCGUCCUGCCUGCCGCCGCCAUCGCGGCCUCAAACGGGUCCUCAGGCGGCGGGGCGGAGGUGGGCCUGGAACGGACGGGGGAGGGGCAGUACCGGCUGUCACUGAGGGGCGCCGCCGCCCGGGACUCGGGGGCGUACACGUGCCGCGUGAGGGCGUCGGUGGGCGGGGACAGCGGGCGGUGGUACCAGGUGGCGGAGAGGACGUCGGCACCGGUGGUGGUGAAGGUGGCGCAGAUCAAGCCCACCCUCUCUCUGGCCCUCUCUGCGGUGCGGGACCCCCAGGCCACGUCCGACCCCCUGGAGCUGGUGUGUCACGUGACCAACAUCGCCCACCUCCCCCCGGCGGGCCGGCUGGGGGUCACCUGGAAGCACACCCCGACCCCCGGAACCGAUGUACUACCCGCCCGCACCAUUGGCUCCCUGGAUCACCACGGCAACCUGAUACCCGGGCCGGGCGACGCCGAUAGGUUGGCCGCUGGCGUGAUGUCACUGAGGAGGGUGGAGCCGGACACCUUCAAGCUGAUCCUGCUGAGGGCUCAGGAGGUGGACAUGGGGCAGUACGUGUGCAACGUCUCUGCCUGGCUCCCGGACCGCCAGGGGGGCGUGGCCAAGCUGGCCGAGUACCUCAGCGCCCCACUCAGCGUGAGCUGGACCCCCAAACGUCCCUCUAUGGGCGUGGUCGCCGAGCGGCAGCGGGAGGCCUCGGGGGGCGGAGCCACCUUCGAGAUGAGCUGCACCGUGGCCCCCAAGAACCUGCCGGGGGCGGGCUUCUCUGUGCUCGUCCAAUCACAGGAGAGCAUCGAGGGCGCGGUCAGGACCAUCAUGAACCUCAGCCCCGACAACGUGCUGCAUUACGGGGGGGCCACGGACCCCCAGAGGAGGGACAGCCUGAUGCUGACCAAGUCGGGCCCUCUGGAGUUCCGCUUCCGUCUGGCCGGGGUGCAGCUCGCCGACCGCGGCUUCUACUGGUGCGACGUCCACGCGUUGACCAAGCCGGCGGACGGUGGGGCGGGGGGGACGUGGACCGAGGCCGCCAGCGCAGAGUCCAACAAGGUCCGCAUCGACUUCCAGGAGAACGGGCCGUCAUUCGCCGUGGCCAUCCAAUCAGACCGCAGCAGUGUGUUCCCCUGGGAGACGGCCAAGAUGGAGUGUGCUCUCAGCGUCUCGGGGUCCGCCCCCAAGAGUGACGACGUGGCCUACGAGGUGAGCUGGUUCUUCUCCCGUCUGCGUGGCGGCUCCGCCCCCGCCCUGCUGGCGGCGGUGGACCGCUACGGCGUGGUGCGGGGCGGGGCCGGCGGCCGCAACACCUCCAGCGACGUGUCGGUGGAGCGCCGUGACGCCAACACCUUCCUCCUCAGAGUGCACGGCACGCAGGACAGCGACAGCGGGGAGUACCACUGCAGUGCCACGCCCUGGUACCUGUCGGCCUCCACGGGCGCCUGGACCCAGGCCCAGGAGCUCACCUCGCCGGCAGUCUUCCUCACCGUGCGGUUCGCAGUCUGGGAGUCGCUGAAACUGCCGCUGCUCUACGGAUCCAUGGCCUCACUAGGCGUGGGUAUCUUCUCCCUGGUCCUGGGCCUGCUGUGCGCCCACUGCUGCUGCAGGAACACCCUCCACACCCCCCGCUCCCGCAACAAGCUCAUGGACCUGGAGAUGGAUUGACACACGCUCACCCCCCCCGCACUGCCCCCGUUAGCCCGCCACCACCACAACGCCGCCCAGCAGAACCACCAGCACCGUCCAGUGAGGGUCUACAGCACCCUGCCCAGGAACACGCUGCCCAAGAGCCGACCCCAGGCCAGGCAAGCACUGGCGGACGACUUCUGGGACAGCCACUCGUUCCCCCUGGACGGACGCUGGGAGUGACCGCCGCAUUUCGGAGUUUGGAGGAGGAUAGUUUUUUCCGAAUGCUUUCUGUUUUAUUUUUUCUACUUUCGGGGAAAACCGAUUUGUUUUUUAAGGAUUUUCACGGGAAUAUCACUCCCGUUCUCCGAAGUUUUCCUCUGAGGAUUUUUUUUUGUAUUAUUAUUUUUUUUUUGUAUUUUUUUAAGGGAGAAUCAGUCCCUAUUCCGGUCGUCCCGGUCCUCCUCCAAAUUGAAAAAACACGGUUCCAGUUGUGGCUAUGGUGCUUUUUUUUAAAACCAGAUGUGGUGGACAUCUUUGCGCUGGGGGCAGCGUGCGGGGGGG